GGCUACCCAAAUUUGGCGCCACUAGGUAUUAAAUUCCCCCUUUGGAAAGGCCACAAACGAGGCAAGAACUCUGGAACUCCAUCUCGUUUAAUUCUCUUCGACGCAGAAUGAGACAGUUUGGUCAGACCAAGCUUCCUUCUUCUUUCAUCUCCAGAUCAAGUUUUGUCAAUCAAGACCCUCAAGCAAAAGCAAAACCUUCGAUGAAGCCAAUCUCUCUCUCAGAGUUCUUAAAUAGAAAACUUGGAAAAUCCAGUGGCAGAUUAUUACGGGAGAAGCAAGUUUCUAUUGGCUCGCUUGGAUCUGAUAAGAAAGAGCUUGGCGGUAAAAGGAAGGAAGAUGGAAAUAGCUUAAUCCCCAAUGGUGCUAUGUUUCAACAAUUUAGCAGGGCGUUAAAGGGUCAGGAAAAUUUCGAUUUGGGUGAUGGUGCAGAAAAUGAGCAAGUUUAUUCAAGAAAACGGAAGAAACCAACUGAGCCAACUGAGUUUUCUUCAGGGGAUGUUGGUAGUCAUGAAAAUUGCUUGCUUGUUCUUGGAGAUGAUCCAAAGCCAAAGGCAAGGCCAAGGAGUGAACAAAAGCAUAUGUAUAAGAGCAGCAAAACAAUAUAUAAUCAUUAUGCCAGUGGCCAAGGAUGGUGGGAUGGUGACAAAGAAGGCAUUGACGAUGAAGAAGUUGGUCACAAUGAGAUAUGGGAGGGUUUAGGAAGCACAACCCUUGGAGGUCUACAAUGGCAUUCAUGAGAAUCAUCAAGCCUCUAUCAAACUGCACUCAACUGGAGCUCUUUAUGUUUAGGGUUUAGCAGCAGCAAGGUAGAUGGAUAUUAAUUGUCAUAUUUUUGAAAAUCUUUUCAGGCUUUUUCUGCACUUUCUUGCUUUCAUUUUGAAUGGUUUCUCAUGUUAGAAUCCAUUGGCUUUUCCCUAUGAAAUUGUUGAGAUGAGCUCCUAAGAUUAUACUUGAGACAUUUAUAGCUAUUUGUAAAUUUUUGCUCCAAAUUUAUA